AUGAGCCUCCACGACCAGCUUUGGGGCUACUUCUCGGCCGCCGACUCCAACCGCUCCGGCCAGCUCGAGGCCCAUGAGCUCCAGCGCUGCCUGUCCAACGGCAGCUGGGCUCCCUUCGACAUCAGCACUACCCUGUGGGGCUACGUCCAGUCCUGGUCCAACGUCUUCUACGAGUGCGACCGCAACCGCUCUCACUCCAUCAGCUUCAAGGAGCUCAAGCGUGUCCUCAAGUCCCUGCAGUACAACGUCUCCGACAACUUCGUCAGCCUCCUCACCUACAAGUACUCCCACUACGGCCAGGAGAUCCGCUUCGACCACUACGUCGAGAUCUGCGUCGCCAUGCACAUGCUCACCGACCAGUUCCGCGCUCUGGACACCAACCAGAACGGCUACGCCACCAUGCAGUACGAGCAGUUCCUCAGCAUCAUGUUCUCCACCCGCUAA